CCUCUCUCCUCCGUCUGUCUGUCUAUACCUAUCUCCCGAUAUGUCUCUUUCGUUCUGUCCCCCCUUCUCUGGAUUCCCGACCAACACGGAAUCGAACGCUAUUAAGCUACGACCACGUGCUACACACCAAGUUUCGCUUUCGUUCCGCCACAUUCUUCAAGACGUCGCGGCUGGAGCUAGCGUCCGAGAAGCACAAGGACAGGGUGCUCGUCACGGGCCUCCGCCUCCGCACCCUACCUCCGGCCACGAGCGUGCCGUCGUCGCAAGCAACACCCUCGCAAUCGCCACCUCCACCUCUUGGCACCGAGGAGCAAGAACCAUCAGAAGACGUCGACCCGGGGAGAUCUCCCGGGACCCCGCGACGCCAGGCGCAGAACCGGAGGCGUUCCUUCCCCGGGAAGGGGUGGAGGCCUGGCUGAUGAAAAUCAACAGGUCGCUCGGGCGGGGCAGCGAGUUUAGAGCCGCGGAGGCAAUCAUGGGACCGGGGCCAGGGGGUGGGCUUACCCUGGAAGAUUUUUUCUCCAUUUACGCCUCGGAGCUUCGCGGGGGCAAGUUUUGGGGCGUUGCCCACGAUCUGCACGCCCUGGGAGUCGAGUUACCUGGGGGGAUACCAUGGGUGGGCCCAUACACGGCACGAUUCGACCGCGUCUUCUACUCCAAGGCGACACUCGAGGCUGUCGGUGCCAUGGAACCGCUCUGCGAAGAAGAGAGAGAACUAGUCGCGGGGGGCGAUUGCUUGCCAAACUCUUGGCAUCCCUCGGACCAUUUAGCGGUCGCGGGGGCCUUCCGUUUCCGAUAG